UCGCUAUUUGAUGACGUUGCUUGACGCGCCAGGAGGCGGAAGUAAACAUGGCGGAAGGCGGCGAUACGAACGCAGUGAACGAAAACGUACCGGUUUAUGAACACGUCGGAGUCAACUCCAAACCUUUUCACCUCGGUAGCUUUAGAGAUUUGUGGCUAAGCGUGCUAAAACCGGAAGACUACUCUUUUAACGAGACUUCCGGUGAAAUAGAGGACGCGCAGUUUAUAGAGGAGCUGGGAAUCACACCGCAAACGCUGGAGGAGCUUAAAACUAUCUGCAGUCCUGAUUCUCUUCGCUGUCAUGCUGAAGAUGAAACUCCUGAUCCUGACCUGGUUCCUGCAAACCCUCAGCUCGCCACCUUAAAACUGAGGAAGAGGAGGCUGGACUAUAAGAAGACUCUCAUACGGGACAUUGUAGGACGACACGACAUGUUCUCUAAUGAGCUGGAAAUGCUGUCUCUGGGCAGGAGAGCUGAAGAUGCCUCAGACACCGUUCCCGAGGGGGAAAUCAUCCUCACCUUUAAUAUCAUGUAUCCUGUCCUGUUUGUCCGAUUUAGACACGUGAGGGCGUACCAGACGCUGCAUGUUCUGGGCUCGCAGAAGCUCACUGAGCUCCGAGACGCCAUCUGCUGCGUGAGCGACCUGCAAGUGUUCGGAGAGUUCAGUAACACACCCGAUAUGGUGCCUCAGUUCAUCAGCAAGGAUCAUUACAAAUCUGCGUUCUUCUUCUUCGAGGGGAUUUUCUACAACGACAUGCGCUUCCCCGAGUGUCGUGAUAUCAGCACUGUGACACGUGAUUGGGCCAAAACCCGAGGUUUCCCCGAGUUUAAUACGGCUAAGAUGGAGGAGGCGACGUUCAGUGAUCUGAGGAUGAAGGUGGGAUACCCGUACCUGUACUGCCAUCAGGGAGACUGUGAACACGUCCUCAUCCUCACAGACGUCAGGCUGGUCCAUAAGGACGACUGCUUGGACAGGAAGUUGUAUCCACUGCUGUCACACAAGCACAGAGUCAUGACCCGGAAGUGCUGCGCGUGUCACCUGUACAUCAGCAGGUGGAUCACGACGAACGACACGCUCGCGCCGAUGGAUCCGUGUCUGUACUGCGAUCAGUGUUUCCGUCUCCUGCACUACGACCAACACGGCAACAAACGGGGCGACUUCCAGGCGUACGCUUACGUCGACCCCGGAGCCUUUAACUGAGCGCGCUCCGAGCGACGCGCUCCGGACUCCUCCUGUUAUCCUUGUAUAAAUAUUUAUUCUCCUCAGCGUUUACUUGUAGCUGGGAAUCAUUUUGUUUUCGACUAAAUGAUCACGGCAUGAGAUGACUUGUUGAUGUUCAACAUGUAGAGAUUUCUGUUCAGUUGAAAGCCGAAGCAUUGUCGUGUUCACCUCCUGUGUUUCGGUUUGUAAAUGUCACGCUCCAGCAGGUGUCGGAACACGAGGCGGGAAUUUCAGCUCGAGACGUGCGGUGAGGGGAAGAACAGCAGCGCGUGCGGUUAACCAUGUUGUUUCCUGUGUGUUUUACCCACAAUGCACUACUGUGGAACAAACCUGGCCAAAAAUGAUGUCAUUCAACACCGUGUCCUCCAUUAACCUCAGUCGUGUUUCAUUCCCUGCUCCAGCUUUCUGAAAAUUUCCCCACCGACGGCGACCUACACGGAACGAACGAGCGCCGCGUCCGUACACUCGACUGUUCAACAGUUAACUUUAUUUUUAAUAAGAAAGCAGAACACUUUACAACGGGCGUGUUCAUAUAAACCUGCGAUUACAAACCAAACCUUCUGACCAAUCGGAAUCCAGCAGCAGCUGAACCGCACGCAGCGCCGCUUCCGAUUUCCACUGAUGUAUUAUUUGUAUCGUUGUUUGUUUUUUUUAUGUAUCUGGUGGAAAAUAAACGAGACGGUGAAGGUGGA